AGGAUGAUGGUGAGGCAGGAGAGGAGGAUGAAGAGGACCACAAGCGGGGCCGGGCUACAGAUGCUGCGGCUGCCCGGGCAGCGCUAGCACCGAGGACCUGACAGUAGGGUGAGGGCCUGGGACAGACGGCAGCAGACUGGGAUAUGCAAAGAGAAGAGUAGCCUAAUUGUCAAGUCUAGAUCUAACAAAAGCAGUGUCCCAAGAUCAUGGCAUAUUUCCCUGAAACUGGAAGAACUGAUCAAGAAACACAGCUAGACUUGUCCUUGUGUGAACGGGAGCCGGAAAGCCUUGAGAACUUAUGCCUCGACCCGGACAUGGCACAGGAGAAAAUGGAACUAGGUUUCAAGUCGCUGCCGAGUUCCACUACCGCAGACGGGAACAUUCUGAGAAGAGUCAACAGUGCCCCUUUGAUCAAUGGACUUGGUUUUAAUUCACAGGUGUUGCAAGCCAACAAGUUAAGAAUUAGAACAAACAGAACAACGUUUAGGAAUCAACGCUCUCUGGAAAUCACUUCACCCACUUCUGUUGAACAGAAGCCCAAAGACCUCUUCUGACCUUGAGACUAUGCCCUCUCCCAAAUCGCCCCUUUGCUUUAUCUCCUAAGAACUCUGAAGUUGACAUGCCUGUUCCUUUCUCUCCCACCAGGAAUUCUGGCACUUCUGCUCAAUCUGGGUGUCACUGCGUCACUUCUCCAUCCCCACCCCCUCCUCUUCCAAAGGAAGCAGGGGAAAUGUCUCAUCUUCCUAAGAGAAAAGGUUGUGCUUUUCUUGAGCAAUUCAUCUGUUCUAAUUUUAGGCCUACUGACAUCUGUCUCAUUAGGUUUUGCUUUUCAUAUUGGCAACCACAAACCCCAAAUCUAGUGUAUGGCCCACAAAGUUGCAGGCAUGUAAUACAUUCCUGGUCCUGCUUUAUGCCCUGUGCAUCUAGCCCAUGUUCAGUUCAUGUUAAGUAGCAUUAUAAACCAUCUUAAAUCAUUUCUGAAACUAGGCAGAGACAUUUAUAAACAUAGUGUACAACCCUUUGUUUAGGAUUUUCUGAGCAUUUUAUCUCUAGUUACUAUAGUAGGAAAUGGCUUAAAAACAGCAAACCUAGGAAAAUGAAAAAUAAUUUUUAAAAAUCUUAAUGUCUUUACAAUAUUAAUUUUCUGUGAUCUCUCUUAAAUGGAACUAAGCUUGGUUUUUCCUCCUAUCUUAAUCCCUUCACUGGAGAUAAUUCUUAGGAAUUAGCUUCACCCAGCACCCUCCCUAACCUCCCGCUACUUCUACUCCCAGCCACCUUCACACCAUGACAUCAUUCCUUGGUGCUGAUGCUCUUGGUUCCUUCCAAGGACUUUUCUUUUUUCCUGGAGUAUGAGAAAAAGGCACAGUGGGAAAUUUACACAAAAGAUACCAGUGAUGUUUAUUACAUCUCAGUAAACUCAUUAUUUCUAUUUUAAUACUUUGUUUCAUGUGGAAAAAUUAUCUAAGGUAAUUCCUUUGCAAACGCCACUUGUAGUACUUAAUUUGGGGAGAAUUCUCUUCCAGAAGCCUUGUUUUCUGCAAUUAAUUUCUCACAUUAUUACUAAAAGAAUCAGCUAAUACAAUAUUUGAUCCACAUUUUGUCCAAUUAAAAAAUUCUUGUAGCUUAUGAUUCUGUAGCUCAAGUUCAAAUCCUACCUACCUCAGACAUUUCACACUAUCUCCCUGCUGGUGUCAUCAAUUUCAGUCCAUCUUCUCAUGAUUUCCUGGAUGAAGUUUUUCAGUGGGAAAUCCUAAGCCUUUGCCUGAACCUAAACUGGUUCUUUCCCAUCCCUUAGGUAUAAAUUAAAAAUAAUCUCUUCUAGGGAAGUCUUUCAUCAUUAUUUUAUGAAACAAAUUUGCCAUACCAUGUUUUCUCACUUAUAAGUGGGAGCUAAAUAAUAAGAAUUUAUGAACACAAGGAAACAACAGACACUGGGGUCUACUUGAGCAGGGAGGAUGUGAGGAGGGAAGCAGAAAAGAUAACUAUUAGGUACUGGGCUUACUACCUGGGUGAUGAAAUAGUAUGUACAACAGGCCAGGCACGGUGGCUCACACCUGUAAUCCCAGCACUUUGGGAGGCCAAGGCGGGCAGAUCACCUGAGGUCAGGAGUUUGAGAUCAGCCUGGUCAACAUAGUGAAACCCCAUCUCUACUAAAAAUACAAAAAA